CAAAAUUUCAGUUCAACAAUGGAAGCUCCAACCCCAGCAACUCCUCACACUCCGAAAUCGACGGACCCGAGUCCCCAAACUCCGACGGAAAGCCCAUUAGCGGCGUCGUCUGCUCGGCUGUGGAGGCCCACUGCGCAGCGCAACCUGAGAAACCAGUGGUCCAAGUUAGCUUCUUUGCGACGAGAAUGGGAGGCUGCUUCUUCUAACGGACGAGCAAACGCCACGUCGCUCGUAAACGCCUACCUCUCCAUCAAGUACAUGGGUUCGAGAGAGUUGGGGGUUCUCAGUGACAUGCCGGAAAUAGUAAAGAAGGCUUCUCAGAAGUUACAUAAACAGAAGGAACUUCAUCGGCGCAAGCUUUUAUCCUCGUACAAGGACAUGGUCUCCAUUGUAACUAACAUGGUUAAAACUAGUAGAUCCAUGAGAUGUUUCGUCAAAGGGUCAAGCAAUAGUCCACUUUUACAAUUUUCUGGCUAUUCAGAACAUAAUAAUGAUCCUGGAGAUGGUGGUGGGAUUCCAGUCUUCACAUUUUGGUCGAUCUCUUGCUUUGAGAAAGUGGCAGAGGAGCUUGUUCAUAUGCUUAUGUUGGAGCUAAAUGUGAAGCGUUUGCUUGUGGUGGAAUUACUGUCAGUUGGUUCCAAAGUUUCACCGGCUAACAUUUUGCAUUGGUCUGAAGAGCUUUAUCCAGAAGAAUUUGGUGAUUUGAGUAUGUGCAACUUAUUGUCUGAGGAAACUUGUGAACCAGUCUAUCCAAGGUUGCAUGGUCAGAAAUCUGAUAAGCCGGCUAUUCGACGUAACCAGCAGCCAGAUCAUGAUGUUUUACAGGUUUAUCUAACAACAUGGCUCGUAGAGGUUAACAUAGAUUCUCACAGGGUGGACGAAAUUUUUGCUGAAGUUGGGGAGGAAAUACAUUGUAAACUUGCUUGAGGAGACACUGGAAGAGUCGUUGACAAGAGUGCUUAUUUUUCUGAUAGGCUGAAGAUCUGAUACUGGUAUGGUGUCUUGUGCUUGUUAAGUGUGAAGUGAACAUGCUUGAAAAUAGUUGAAGCUGGACUUUGUGUGAGUCCCAGAACCUGGAUCGCCUGCCACAA